AUGCUUUUCACCGCAGCCGUUGCCUGCGCUUUCGCUGCUGGCUCCUCUGCGUUCAUUACCGGCACAGAUGAUAUUCCCUUGAUUGGUCCAUCCUUCCUCUCCAAUAUCGACCUGUCCAACUCUCAACAUCUUCAAGAUGCGAAAUCUGAAUUCUCCAACCGAAUUGAGGAGCUCUUCUCCAGUGGCGAGCUCAACAGUACCGACUUGGUGUUUGCUGUAGACAUCUUCUCUGCCAACACAAAUGGUUCAAUCCAUAAACAUUUCCACGUUGGGGAAGGGCAAGAAGAGGUGUUAACCUCGGGUCGACUUGAUUUUAACACCAUCGGCCGGUUAGGUAGUGUAUCUAAACUCUUCACUGCCUACGCACUUGUUGCAGAGGCCGGUGUCGAAGUCUUCAGUCACCCUGUCACAAGGUACUUUCCUGAGUUGCGCGGCAAUUCUUCGAGCGUGCCGCUCAAUCGAAUCCACUGGGAUGAAAUCACAGUCGGAGCCCUUGCUUCACACCAAGCUGGCACUGGAGGAGUAGGCGACUUCUUCCUGAAAAAUGUGCAGACACCAGAGAAGAUGACGACCGAAGCGUUUGUUUCGUUUCUCCGCGAUGAAAAACGCCCAGUCAUGCCCGCCUACCGAAAUGCCCUUUACUCAGACGCUGGAUACUCACUUCUGGGUCAUGUUCUCGCACGUAUCACUGGACAGAGUUAUCCGGACUCAAUGCAACAGAUUCUUUUUGGUCCCCUUGGCCUGAACAGCACUACAGUAAAGCCGCCUACCGGGCCGGAUAUAAAUGCCAUCAAUCGUUACCUGGUGGACAACACAUCCAGCUGGAACGUUGAUGUCCAAGUUAGCGCACCAUCCGGUGGUAUUUGUUCCAGUCUCGCAGAUAUGCGCAAAGUCGGUCUCUCGAUCUUAAACUCCGAGCUCCUUUCUCCUGCUAUAACCCGAGCCUGGAUGAAACCUUUAAGUGCCACUGGUAGCUUGGUAGAACUUGUCGGCGCACCUUGGGAGAUCAACCGUCUCACCAUCCCAGCUACACCAGGCUCUAACCGUACCCGUGUCUCCGAUCUCUAUACCAAGGCCGGUGGCAAUGGUGAUUACACUGCUGUCUUGGGUCUUUCCCCAGAUCACGGUCUAGGCUUUUCUAUUCUUGUUGCCGGCAGUACUGCGAGCAGUGCGCGUUGGCCAAUUCGUCAGGCCAUUGGCGAAAUCUUUGUCCCCGCUGCUGAGCGUGCGGCAGCUGUAAACGCUAACGAAAACCUGACCGGAACCUUUGUCGACGAGAACUCUGAGAACACAAACAUCACCCUCUCUUUCGAGGAUGGUAAGCCCGGACUAGGACUUGACUCUUUUUACGUGGAAGGGCAGGACUCUCGUCACCUUCUUCGGGGCGCAAGCAAGCCUUCCGAUGUCAUCCUGCGCGUCUAUCCUACGGGUCCUAGUCUUACAUCCUCCUCGCUUGCGGAGCUCUACCGCACCAAGGGGACCUUGCGUGUGUCACAUCGCUUCGUUGCCCAGCGGCCCCCGGCUCCUCACCGUGCCUCGGCAGAGGGAGGCGAGGGCUUGUUUGAGAAUUACUUCGAGUGGAUGAAUAUUGGGUUUAAUGGUGCGUUGGAUGAACUUGUCUUUGAAAUCGAAGAUGGGAAGCUUGUUAGCGUGACCGUUGAGGGGGCGGAACUGGUAUUGAAGCGGGUGGAUUGA